AUGAGUAAAGAUGUUAUGGCGCGAUUUCUCAACAAGAGGAAAGCGGAUGAAAUUGGAUCAUCUUCCGAUUUUGUUGAUGUGAAUGAUCUUCCCUCGGAUCCUCAUGAUCGCAAGGCGAUAGCAUCAUACAACGUGAAUCAACGAGAUGAUGUUAGAAGGGCAUACCUACUAAGAGGACCAUGUCAACCAACGGGUAUUAAAUAUCCAACAUCAAUGUUUCAAGGUAAAGAGUUGAGAAAAUUCAAACAAGAAUGGUCCGAAUUUGGUGAUCAUAGAGACACAUUUGUUUUGAACGGGUAUAACAAUUGGAAAAAAGUACAUGAGGUACUUACAAAACAUGUUGGGUUGUUGACUGGCGGUUCGGCGUUUCGUGGUCAUGAUGAGUCAAAAGAUUCAUUAAAUAAAGGAAAUUUCUUAGAGCUUUUAGAACUAAUGGGUGAAAUGAAUGAAGUGCUUGGUAAGGUUAUCUUAGAGAAUGCACCGACGAAUAACCAAAUGACUAGUCCUAGAAUUCAAGCGGACAUUAAACAUUGUUAUGCUCAAGAGGUACUUAAACAAAUUUUUGAAGAUCUUGGUGAUGAUGUUUUUUCUUUAUUAGUUGAUGAAUCAUGUGAUGUUUCAAAAAGAGAACAAAUGGCGGUUGUUAUUCGUUAUGUUGAUAAAGUUGGGAUUGUUAAGGAGCGUUUUAUUGGGCUUGUUCAUGUCAAAGAGACAAGCGCAUUAACACUUAAAUCGGCUAUUGAUGAUAUGUUGGCACGUUUUGGGUUGAGUUUGAAAAGGAUUAGAGGCUAA